CAUUUUCUAUGGAAUCAUAUAUCUGAUGAAACAACUAGGUUUAUUAACCAUAUAUUCGAAAAUGUAUCUUCAUUGAUUAUUCCACCAUUUUAUGGUUUACAUAUACGUCGUACAGAUAAAAAAUUUGAAGCUAAAUAUAAAUCUACAUUAGACUAUAUAACUGGUUUAGAAAAAUUAUUGUCAUCUGGUAAUAAAAGUAAACUGAAUGUAUUCAUAGCAACAGACGAUUCAAAUAUAAUGAAUGAAAUAAUACAAUUGAAACCUGCAUGGAAUUUUUUUCGUUUAAUAAAUCGCGAUCCCAGACGGCAUGAUUUAGCGAAUGAUCAAAAAUUGUAUGAAACAAGAAUAUUUAUGUCAGAAUUAACAUUAAUGAUAAAAGCACAAGGAAUUGUUUGUACAAUGUCCUCAAAUGUUUGUCGUCUCAUACAAAUUUUGAGAUAUCAAUCAGAAACAACAGUUUUAUCAUUAGAUACCUCUUGGCACGCAGAAAAAUAA